AUGGAUUCGUACGAUAUACCAUCGGAGCCAACGUUACCACACCUGCACAAUCGUAUCCCACCUCCAACGCUACCAAGAGCGAAUAUAAGACGAAAACCAGUUGCUAUUGAUUUAAAUGCACAAGUCCCACUUUCAACUGAUACAAGAAAUGAUAGAGAACAUCACGCUUAUUAUGUCAACCAUAAUGAAGAGAGAGGUGGUCAGAAAUUUAAUGAUUUCUAUGUAGUACCAAGUAACGAUACUGAAAAAUUCAGAAAUGAUCGCAAUACGCCUACUCUACAACCGAUGGGAACAAUAGUCAAUCGACCAUCAACACCAGUACGACGUGUCAAUAAUUUAAAGGAAGAUGAAGAUAAUAAAUAUAUUUAUUCAGGAGCAACAACUACAGCAACGUCGUUGAAUAACAAUGAUCUCUAUUCAUCACCUCCCGCAUUUUCAAGAACUUUUCAGUUAGAAGAAAGCUUAUCAUUUGACAGUAAUGAUAACGAAUUGAAUUAUCAGCGACAUUCAUAUUCGUUAGAUUCUGUUCCCGAUGUACCAUCAACGACUCGUUCUAAUACUAAUAAUCAUAAUGAUCUUACGGAAUUGCCCACCUCAUCAAAUUAUUAUUCUUAUCCUGAACAGCUGCAAUCUUCAAUUCAUACCGAGAAAGAUCAUCCUAUUGGACUUGUUAAUACUUCAUCAAAUAGUGUAAAAAGACCCAAAAGCAAUAUACCGGUAAAUCUCUUAUAUUUUAUUUUGCUCUCAUUUUUUCCUAGAAUUUCAUUUUUGCAAAAUAAUAUUAAAGUUAAAAGAAAAACUGCUUUCUCGAUCUAUUAAUAAUUCUAAAUGACUACAAACUAUCCCUAUAUUCAGUGAUUCUAAACGGAUUAUGGAACUUUCGUCACACCACACUUUCGUCAUUAUGACGAACGCACUUUUGUCAUACAUGACGAAAGUUCCUUGGGCGGAGGUACUCCUCGGGAACUGUCGUC